UCAACCUCCUCUUUCGCUUUGAAGAGCCUUUGCUGCGAUCCCCCCACUUUUUUGACACCAGAGAGGGAGAGAGACGUGACUUCGUCUUCUGUGUGUAGGUCCCAGGGAGAAAAAGUUGAAUAGAACGGGCUGGAGGAGAGUCCGCUGGCGCCGUUGCUGCCGAUAAGGCGGAACCGGAUAAAGGAGCCCCUGCUGAAAGGAUCAGCAGCCUCGCUGGUCCCGCCCGCCGCUGUUGGUGGGGUCUGUCCAUGCAGUAGAGGGAGAGGACGGGCGGAGGGAGCCAGAGGAAGCAGCCGGAGCAGGAGCCGCCGCCGUCGGACCGGGCUUUGAGCUGGGAGUGUUGAGGGAGGUGCGUGUGGAGGCUGCAGGUGGUGCCGGGGAGUCGGCCCGGCCAUGCAGCAGUCCUGGGAACGGACGAGUGGCGUUCGCAGCGUCAAGACGGCCCACGCAGAAAUGCUGGGGAAGGCGCCGAGCGGCGGCUUCGCACCUGAGCCGGCGGGUGAAGGGGGGAGCAUCGGCGCUGUGUCCGUGGACGGCACCGACAAAAAGGGCCUCCAGGUGGCCGGUCAGCUGGCAGGCGGCGUGCAGCUGCUGCCUCAGCAGCAGAACCAGCAGCUACUCUUCAGCCCAGCCAACCUCCAGCUCGCUCAGCUCCAGGCCCAGCUCGCCCUCCAUCGCCUCAAACUGGCCCAGGGGGCCGGCACAGCGAGCGCGGCCACCGUUCUCAACCAGGUGCUGUCCAACGUGGCCAUGUCCCACCCUCUGUUCAACCAGCUGCAGACGUCCACCCUGGUCGGGAACCCGCACGCUGCCUUUCCCACGGGCGUGCUGGGCUUUCCCUCCUCCGAUUCUGCCCUGGGGGCCUUGGUGGGUGGGAGAUUCAAUCAAAACGCGGGGAACGUGAGGCUGAACCAUCCUGGUGGGGGGGUCCCAGUGGGUUGCCAAGAUGCAGAGUAUGCUAAAAAGUCUGGGCCGUCGUACCCUUGUGAUACUGACAGGCGUCUCCAGUUCAACGUGGCUGCAGGAUCAGCCCCAGCAGCAGCAUCGGCCACUGUUGGGGACGAACAGUACAAAGGCGUCAACCCUCCCACCAAGAACAGUGUUGGUUUCCAAAUAGAUUACUAUGGGCAGGACAUGCAGGGACAACAGCUUGGCUUCAGCGCCAACAAGCAGAACGUGAAUUCGUAUAACACCACCGGGCAUAGGGAUCAAUGGAAAGGCCCCGUUCACUUGGCUCACACUGGCCAAGCGGACGGCGUUCCCAGCGCCGCCCCUGUGUGGACGGGCCCUGGGCAGCCGAUGAGGCCCCGGAUGGAGCUGUACAACCCCGAAGAGCCGACUCCGGAGCCCAAGUUCCCUCCCGGCGGCGGCGUUUCGAGCGGCUGCCCGCCGCCGCACGGACGCGAGGAGGCCGUGGCGUCAGGUACCAGGAUACUCCAGCCGUAUCAGGUCAACGACUACCACGCCGUCACGCCCACUCAACUGCCCCAUCAGUGCAGCAUCUGCGACAAGAAGGUCUACAACCUUAAGGACUGGGAUCAGCACGUAAAGGGGAAGCUACACCUGCAGAACCGAACAUUGUUCGCGAAUGAAAGCGACCUUAACGUCGUGGCAUCGGCCGCAGCCGUGCACUACGCCGCCGGCAGGCCGCCUGAUGGGAGCCAGAGCGGCGGAGGGAUGAACGCCAUGGUCUACGCUGCCGCGGGUCAAGAUGUGUCUAAUUCUUCAUACAUGCCAGCUGCCGCCAUGACGACUUAUUCCACAUCAGACACAGGACUGGCCUCACAACAGCCGGAGUCAAAGGCAUUUCUGGCCAGAAAGGCAACGGCAGGACGGGUGGUUCACAUCUGCAACCUCCCUGAAGGCAGCUGCACAGAGAAUGAUGUCAUCAACCUCGGUUUGCCCUUUGGCAAAGUCACCAACUACAUCCUCAUGCGCUCCACACAUCAGGCUUUUCUUGAGAUGGCCUACGUCGAAGCAGCCCAGGCCAUGGUUCAAUACUACCAACUUACUCCAGCGAUGAUUAACAACCAAAAGCUGCUCAUUCGCAUGUCUAAGAGGUACAAGGAGCUGCAGCUUAAGAAACCGGGAAAAGAUGUUCAGCUGAUCAUUGAGGAUAUCACAUCUCAGCGCGAAAGGGACGAGAUGCAGGAACUUGAACGCUGCAGCUACAUCCCGGAGAGAGCGCGCUCCCGCAGCCCUCUCAGCCGCUCCCUCAGCCCUCAUUCCCACAGCCCCAGUUUCACAUCGUGCAGUUCGGCGCACAGCCCCCAGGGAGCGCCGUGCAGGACCCAGGAGCGCGCCACCAACGGCUUGGCCCCCAGCCGGGGCUCCUGGGACUGGCCCAGAAGGACGGAGGAUGAGAGGGAGCGGGAGGACCCGUGGAGGAACGGGGGAGGCGGGGACGACGAGCGGCCGAACGGUCGGGCGCCGGACCGUCGGAAGCCCUACCAGAAACACGCGGAUCACGGCAGCUCCAGGUCCGCUGAUGAGCGGGGCGGCGAAGGGAUGCGGGGCAGCAGGGACUGGCACGUACGGAGCAGCCCCCAGGGCGCGUCCUUCAGCUCCUACAGGAGCAAGGACGAGGACUUCUACAUGAAGGAGCCGAUGUACCGGUCGGAGAAGCUGGCGAGAGCCCCGUACCAGAGGCACGACGCCAAGCCAAAGAGGAGGGAGGGCGACUACCACAGCAGGCCGAGGCAUUAUGAGUAUGAGGCCACUGAGGAGCCCGCGUGGAGAACGCCGGAGGAACGACGGCAGACGCCGCCAGGCAGAGGCAGGAGCGAGAAAACCAGCAAGAGGCCUACGAGCACAGAGAAAAGCCAGAAAGACAAGGCUGCUGAGAACAAGGAUCACCACCUAAAAGAUAAAGAUGGUUCACCUCAAAGAAGCAAUAAGACGCAAGAGGCUCCUGAAUGUGGUGAAGAUAAAGACGCUGAGAAAGUGGUUCAGAGUGAAGAUGACACCGAUGAAGAGUGUUGGUAUCCUAAGAACAUGGAGGAACUGGUCACGGUAGACGAGGUUGGAGGAGAAGACGACGCUAUUGUGGAGCCAGAUCUUCCUGAGCUGGAGGAGUUGACGUCCUGCCCCAAGGAGCCUGCAGCAGAAGCAGUGGAGCCCACAGCGCCUGCCACAGCGUCAGAGGGGCAGGAGACGGCGGACGAGGCCCCGGACCAGGAACAGCCCGUGGACGUGGGAGACAAGGCGGAAGCUGCACCCGCGGCUGAGAAAGCAGCAACCGCUACAGGCGACCAGGACCCGAACCCAGCGGUCCCAGAGCUGGAGAUCACCAGCCUCCACACCGUCGCCUGUGAAGAGUCCAAAGCGUCCGAGGAGGAGACGUGUUCGGAAGAUAAAGAAGCCAGUAGUGGGAUGACAGAGGAGCCAAUGGAAAAUCACAUGAGUGUAUUAGAAGACAGCCAGACACAGGAAGCGGAACACAUGAUAGAAACAAUCAGCAACGGGACACAACAAACAGAGAUUGAGGCCCCGUCACCAUCACAUAAUCAAGACAAAGCCAUCAGUGAACACAGCAUCCCACUAGGAGUGGAGUUCAUCGUGCCAAGCACUGGUUUCUACUGUAAACUCUGUGGGCUCUUUUAUACCAGCGAGGCUACUGCGAAGACGGCUCACUGCCGCAGCACCGUCCACUACAGGAACCUACAGAAAUAUCUUUCUCAGCUAGCAGAGGGAAGCCUGUUAGGUGCGUUCGGUGAAGCCUCGGAUUCACAGUGAUACGAGCAAACAGAAGAUCAACAGAAGAUCUUUUUUUUUCUGUGAAGAAUACACUGAUGUAGAAUGAAACUGCCAUAGCUGUGCCUGUUUGUGUACAUACAUCAAGUGUAAUGUAUAGUUUGGUUUAGAGUUGUUUCAUUGUUUUUUUGGCAUGCGAAUUGAGUUAUUUUUUUAUGGAAAUAAUUUGCAAUGAUGUAUAAUUGUUGAGAAGACAAACUUGUACAGUAUGGAGUCUUAUUUGUUCAUGUGCUGGAUUUAAAUCUCUUGACCUUAUUUUGAAUUUGAUCUCCAUAUUAACUUAUCAAAGGUUAUUCUUUUUAAACGUUUAAAAAUGUAAAAUGACUUGAAAUGUGUAUUAAUGAAUGUUUUUCUCAGUUAAAAAACUGAGAAAGAUUCUCAGGUUUUUUUGCAGUGUACAGCUCAGUGCAGAACAAUUUACAUUUUUAUUUAUUUAAUGAUUAGAUGGCACCUGUUUUAUUUUGCCCAAAAUAAUUGAUAUAAUAAUGUGUUGUUAUUUCAUAAGUACGGUAUUUGAAAAUCCCAGUUAUAUUUACCAAUACACAUAAUACCUUGUAUAUCGGAGGCCUUAAACUGGACCAUGUGUUUCAUGUUACAGGGAUUUCAUAAAAAACAGCAAUAAGCCACACUUUGUUUUGUAUACUGUGGAACCUGAUCCUGUGACAGCAACAAUUCUUUUCUUGGUAAACUUUUCAUAUGAUUUUUGAUGGGGAAAAAACUACUUGAAUAAAUAUUUUAAAUUA